UAUGUACAAUCACAGACGUCGGUGAAUACUAAGGAAGAAUGUGGGGAAUGCGUUGCUCAAGUGAUCGUAAGGGCGGAUGUUUCUUCGAGUACGCGACACAUCGGAGAAGACGAUGGAGGAGGGUAGGUGCAUUUCUAUUGUAGGAUUGUUUCCUCGCCAAAGGACGGGAAUCGAAGGACGAGGAGCUCAGUCCAGUGCAUGCAAGAAUCAAGCACCCAUUUACGGAAGCUGUGGAUCGGAAUGGGAGCAUCAAUAAAUUCAGCAUUAUCUCAAACUUCAUCGAAGUCUUAUCACAGCUUCGUUCCCGGAAGGAAUCCCAAUUAGGGUUUUCACCUGAAUGCGUUGUCUCGCUUCCAAGCUUAAUGCAACACGCCAUCGCCAUGGCGAUCCCUGCCAAUUCUCAACCAUUCGACGUCUGGCUGUGCUCGAACCCGGCAUCUGAUUCGUGGGUCGAGCUUCGGUUGCUGUUCUGUUUCGUUCUUUUUCUUUGAGAGCCGAGGGUAUAGGGUUUUGGAGAGUUGUGGGUAGAAUGGCAACGAUGGCGGGGUAUUGCAAGCUGGAAGUCGUAGGAGGUGUAGCUGCGCUGCAAUUGGAGAGUGGUGGGACUACUUUUGGUCGAAAAGGCGUAGCGAGGUUGCGGUGCGGGGGCAAGACAAGCGUUAACUCGGUGCGAUCAUUGGGAGGCGAUGGUGGUUUCCAUAUCCUUGCGAGCGUUAGGAAUUGUGGGAGCUGGAAGCAGGUCGGGGAUUUGGGGAGGAGGGGAUUCAAGGGGUUUAAUGUGGUGGCGAUGCAAGGAGAUGGAAGUGUUGGACAGGAGAGUGAUGGUGGGCGUGGAGUUUCGCAAGGGAAGCCGAUUCCGGUGCUGGUUAUUGGUGGUGGUGGGAGGGAGCAUGCACUUUGUCAUGCAUUACAAAGAUCGCCUACGUGUAAUGAGGUCUUCUGCGCUCCGGGAAAUGCAGGGAUCGGCAAAUCCGGAGAUGCCAUUUGUGUCAGAGAAUUGGACAUUAAGGACAGUGAAGCGGUGAUUGAGUUUUGUAAGAAGUCGGGUGUGGGGCUUGUGGUUGUUGGCCUAGAGGCUCCUCUGGUGGCUGGAUUAGUCGACGAUUUGGCGGACGUAGGUAUCCUGGCUUUUGGUCCAUCUGCGGCCGCAGCUUCCCUCGAGGGUUCUAAGAAUUUCAUGAAACGGUUGUGCGACAAGUAUGAGAUUCCCACUGCGAAGUACCAGUCGUUUACCGACGCAGCUGAAGCGAAGAAGUACAUCAAGGAACAAGGCGCGCCAAUUGUGAUAAAAGCGGACGGAUUGGCAGCGGGGAAAGGUGUAGUUGUAGCGAUGACGCUAGAGGAAGCAUAUGCAGCUGUGGAUUCCAUGUUGGUGAGCAGCGAAUUUGGAUCAGCGGGAGGAUUAGUUCUUGUGGAGGAGUUUCUCGAUGGUGAGGAGGUUUCGUUUUUUGCACUAGUAGACGGGGAGAAUGCGUUACCAAUGGCAUCAGCCCAAGAUCACAAGCGAGUCGGAGAUGGAGACACAGGGCCGAACACAGGAGGCAUGGGAGCCUAUUCCCCCGCCCCGGCUCUCACUCCCGAGAUUGAGCAGAAGGUUAUGGAAACCAUCAUCUACCCUACUGUGAAGGGCAUGCGCGCCGAAGGAUGUAAAUACUUGGGGGUUCUCUACGCAGGUGUGAUAAUUGAGAAGAAGAAUGGCUUGCCGAAGCUUUUGGAGUACAAUGUGCGGUUCGGAGACCCCGAGUGCCAGGUGCUCUUGAUUCGUCUGCAGUCAGAUUUGGUGCAAGUUUUAUUAGCAGCAUGCAAAGGAGGUUUGAAUGGGGUCCAACUCGAAUGGACUGAAGAGCCUGCCCUGGUGAUUGUUAUGGCCAGCAACGGUUAUCCAGGAAAGUAUGUCACUGGGACAAGGAUCAAGAAUUUAGAUGUAGCGGAGGUCAUUGCUCCCGGCGUGAAAAUUUUCCACGCAGGCACAACCAUGAACGCUGAACAUGAAAUUGUAGCAACGGGAGGGCGUGUUCUUGGUGUCGCUGCAGUUGGAAAAGAUAUUGCUGAGGCGCAAAGCAAGGCUUAUAAGGCAGUGCAUCAGAUAGACUGGCCAGAAGGUUUUUUUCGGAAUGACAUCGGCUGGAGAGCUGUCUCCCGACUGCAGGGGGCGCAUUCUUCGUAGCUCGUUGCGCUGGUAAUCGAAUUACCCUUCUGUAUUCACAGAUAAUGUGACAUGUCGGAUAGAUUACUCUUGACCCUGGUCAUGUCGGCCCUGUUUUUUUCAGUAAGUAUAAGCAUGGCGUUGAGCUUUUCUCUGUAUACCUCUUCCCGUCUAGACACGAGAGCAAUAAGUGCAGGCUUAGUCUAAAGACGAGGAUUUUUUCCUCAGUGUCCCAACUUCAAUACGCGAAUUCCAAGGGCUUUCCCUACACAGCAUUGGCUGAUUGCCUUACA